AUGGCUUCCAAGCUCUCGGUUGCUGUUCUCCUCCUUUGUGUCGGAGUGUGCGUGGCUCGCAACAGCGACUUCUCCAUCGUCGGGUACUCGGAGGAGGACCUGUCGUCGCACGACAGGCUCAUCGAGCUGUUCGAGAAGUGGCUAGCCAAGCACCAGAAGGCGUACGCGAGCUUCGAGGAGAAGCUGCACCGGUUCGAGGUGUUCAAGGACAACCUGAAGCUCAUCGAUGAGAUCAACCGGGAGGUGACCAGCUACUGGCUCGGCCUCAAUGAGUUCGCCGACCUCACCCAUGACGAGUUCAAGGCCGCCUACCUCGGCUUCAGCCCUGCCACGGCUCGCCGGAGCAGCAGCCGGAGCUUCAGGUACGAGGACGUGUCUGCCCAUGACUUGCCCAAGGACGUCGACUGGAGGAAGAAGGGCGCGGUGACGGACGUGAAGAACCAGGGGCAGUGCGGCAGCUGCUGGGCCUUCUCGACGGUGGCGGCGGUGGAGGGGAUCAACGCCAUCGUGACGGGCAACCUGACGGCGCUGUCGGAGCAGGAGCUCAUCGACUGCAGCGUCGACGGCAACAGCGGCGGGCUCCACACCGAAGAGGCCUACCCGUACCUCAUGGAAGAAGGCAGCUGCGGCGACGGCAAGAAGAGCGAGUCCGAGGCGGUGUCGAUCAGCGGCUACGAGGACGUGCCGGCAAAGGACGAGCAGGCGCUGAUCAAGGCGCUCGCACACCAGCCCGUCUCCGUCGCCAUUGAGGCCUCCGGCAGGCACUUCCAGUUCUACAGCGGGGGGGUUUUCGAUGGUCCGUGCGGCGCGCAUCUGGAUCACGGGGUGGCGGCGGUCGGGUACGGGUCGGACAAGGGCAAGGGCCACGACUACAUCAUCGUGAAGAACUCGUGGGGAGCCAAGUGGGGUGAGAAGGGGUACAUCAGGAUGAAGAGGGGCACCGGCAAGGGCGAGGGCCUCUGCGGCAUCAACAAGAUGGCCUCCUACCCUACCAAGGACAACUGA